CGUUAUACAAGGUAUUCAUGAAUAGAGAAUCUGAAGGCGUGGUGUUGGCUGUUGUUGCCGCUCUAGCAAGUUCCAUAAAGGGAUAUAUUACAAGCUUAAUAGACUCGUUGACACCAACGGGAAUUGCCGCAUUACGCAGCAUAGGACAAAUGGUUUUUCUCCUCCCUUUACUGACAAUGAAGGAAAAUCCAAUAUGGUUUGAUCGUCUGACAAACAUGGAACUUUUUGCAUCAUCUUUGGUUGGAGGGAUUGGUACCUUGGGAUUUUACUACGGCUAUUAUUACCUACCGAUAGCAGAGGCGGCUGUCAUCUAUUAUAGUAUGCCACUCUACACAACUAUAAUUGGCUGUCUUGUAUUGAGGGAAAGGUGCAGUGUGUUGAAAAUCCUCAGUCUUAUACUUACACUGGGAGGAGUACUUUUAGUUCUUCUUCCAGAGGUUAUGGGUGUGAAAGAAUGGAAACAUUUUUCUCACUCUCAACUGACACUAGGUGUAGUUAUGACAAUUGUGGGAGCUAUGGGCGAUGCUAUUUUACUUGUGUGGACUCGUCGGCUCUCAAACCUGCCUUACUUAUCCGUUAACUUUUGGUGGGCCAUCAUCGGUGCUCUUUUGUGUUUGGUCAUCACCAUAGCAACAGACUCGCCACUUACAUGGCGGUGCGGAUGGGAUGGUGUUUUACUCUUAAGUUUAUCUAUUCUAGACUUAAUUGCAGUGAUUACAACAGUUCUGGCGUUGAAAUGCAUCGACUCUGGAAAUGUAUCCAUAGUAUUUACAACGGAAAUUAUUUUUUCUAUACUCUUACAAAAAUUUGCACAACGUGAAGCACCAAGUUUUUUGAUUAUUACAGGAGCUGUCCUCAUUAUAAUAGCAGUAACAAUUACAACACCACAUGCUGAAAAAGCUCUUACACUUGCCAAGGAAUACUGGCAAAAAAUCGAUUUCUAUCCAACUCCUCGGAAUCGGAAAUUAACAUGUGAAACAGAGAUGGAGAAACUGAUUAAUGAAGUGUUUUGAGUAUACAGUUGUUCCCCG